CGUACAAAGAUGGUCGCCUGUUUAACGCGUUGCUUAAAUAUUGUGUGGAAAAAUAAGAAAAAUCGAAUCGUUUGCUGAAAUCGUAUAAAAAAUUGCAAUAAUUUUGCCUAAAGUCAGUGUUACGGGUUGUGACAUAUGAACUAUUAUUGAUUUGCAACAAUAAGUGAAAUAGUUCGCGCUGUGUCUACGUUGCAGUUUUAUAAGAAAAGUGCACCAUUCGUUUGUAAGCGAAGCAUAAAAAUGAAUAAUUUGUGUGCAAAUAUACUUUAAAGUUGAGUGGAUAAAGCAAAACCAAAAUCUGUUAUCAAAUACAAAAGCAUAAGAGAUGGAGUUUUCACAUCCUCCGCCAGAUCCGAUGGCAACAAAUUUUGCCACUCCUCCUCCUAUAAAUCGGAUUCUUAGCUAUCAAAAUCCGCAAUCUCAGAAGCCGCAGUUCAAUUUUUACCAUCAUCGGCCGUAUCAUCAUUUCAAUGGAUUCCGAGGCGGGCUUCCAAUGACACAAGAUGAUUUUGAUGGUAAACGGUUGCGGAAAUCUGUAAUGCGUAAAACUGUCGACUAUAAUGCCUCCAUCAUCAAAGCUUUGGCUAAUCGCACAUGGCAACGGGACUACCGGGAUCGACACGCUUUGCAACCUGAAAACAUCUAUCUACCGGAAUUAUUGCCACCGCCGAGCUACAUGGAUAACCCUAUCAAUGCGGUAACUACGCGGUUCGUCAAAACAGCCACCAACAAAAUGCGGUGUCCUAUCUUCACCCUUGCUUGGACUCCGGAGGGGCGUCGGCUAGUCACCGGUGCUAGUUCGGGAGAAUUCACGUUAUGGAACGGAUUGACAUUCAAUUUUGAGACUAUUUUGCAGGCACAUGAUGUUUCCGUGCGAACGAUGGUGUGGUCUCAUAACGACAACUGGAUGGUUACUGGAGACCAUAGCGGAUUUGUCAAGUAUUGGCAAUCCAAUAUGAACAACGUGAAGAUGUUCCAAGCCCACAAGGAACCAAUCCGUGGAAUCAGCUUCAGUCCAUCGGAUACAAAGUUCGCCAGUUGCAGUGACGAUGGCACGGUGCGCGUAUGGGACUUUCUGCGAUGUCAGGAGGAACGCGUCCUCAGAGGUCACGGAGCCGACGUCAAAUGUGUACACUGGCAUCCCCAGAAGGCACUGAUCGUUUCCGGUAGUAAAGACAAUCAACAACCGAUCAAGCUGUGGGAUCCAAAGAGCGGUCAAGCAUUAGCCACACUACAUGCGCAUAAAUCGACAGUCAUGGAUCUCAAGUGGAAUGAUAACGGGAAUUGGUUGGUUACUGCUUCACGUGACCAUUUAUUGAAGCUGUUCGAUUUAAGAAAUCUAAGCGAGGAAGCACAGAUUUUCCGAGGUCACAAAAAGGAAGCGAGUGCCGUCUCGUGGCACCCAGUUCACGAGGGAUUGUUUGCAUCUGGCGGUUCCGACGGAUCUAUAUUGUUUUGGAAUGUUGGAACGGACAAAGAAGUUGGAGGUAUCGAUAACGCUCAUGAAAGCAUAGUGUGGACACUGGCCUGGCAUCCUUUGGGACACAUCCUUUGCUCAGGGUCGAACGAUCACACCAUCAAGUUUUGGACUCGUAAUCGACCCGGUGACCAGAUGAGAGACAAAUAUAAUCUCAACACGUUACCAGCUAGCUUGGCCGGUCUAGAUGAUUGUGAGCUGGAAGAUCAUGUUGUAAUUCCGGGUAUGGGUCCCGAAGAUAAAAUCGACAUGGCGGACAGUUUGGGAACCAAUAAUAAUGGUGUGAUUCCUGGAUUAGAUUUUGCAAAUGUCACAAAUUUCAAUGAAAAGAUGAGGGAGAAAAAAAUCCCCUAUAGUAAACCCAUUCCGCGGAACUUCCAGGCUCAGUGGAAUGAAGCAAGCAAAUAUGAUGAUCAUCAUGUGGCUUCCGAGGAGAUCAAGGAAGUGAUAUCGCAGAUAGUCGAACACAACACCGGUACGGUUCCUAUCAAGAAAAUGGCACCAUCAGCUAUUAUUGUGUAUGACCGUGUAAUACAAGUGCAGGCGGGUUCUAGCCUAGAAGCAGUUAUCCUGGAAGGACCCGAGUCACUCAAUCGGUUUAUUAUACUAGGACGAAUUCCGGAGCUGCGUGACGUGUUUCCACUGAUAAGCGACGAGGAUUUAAACAAUAUGGAUGAAAGUGUUUCCGAAAUUCUAACGACUCGAGCCAAAUUAGAGAUUGAUCCAACCUACAUAUACAAUAAAACUACAGUAAUGGAACCAUCUGAACCACCAGAAGCUACGGAACCAUUAUUGUCAUCCACAUCGCUUAUGAAACGGCGUACACCUCCACCACCUGCUCCGGAUCCGACCGCUGGCAUACCGUCGUUACUGCAGUUAGACAUCAAUCCACCACCCAAUGUUUGUUUCAAUACAGACGAAAUAGAGGACGAAAUAGCCCUUCGAAACAGUAAAAAGGGAAGGGAACGAGAGAAGAUGAAAGAAAAAGAACGUCGCGAGCAGGAAGAAAAAAUGAAAUUUUGGGCAGAGCACAAUGAAAAGAACUGGGACGACGAUGGAAGUGAUAACGACAAUGAUAAUAGUAGUUACAAACCACCAGCCUUCCCAUCAGAACAAAAUACGAACAGCAAUGGACAAUGGGCCACUGUGAAACGUGAAGUAGAUGAGGAAGAUGCCGCCGGUCUUGGUGGUGCCACGUGGGAUGGUGAAAAUGACGAAGGAUACAGUGGCGAUGUUAAUCGGGAUAAGGAUAGUAAGGAUAGUCUAGUAUUCAAUCACUUCAGUCAAGUACCUCCGCCAAACUUUGGUGCUCCGCCCGGUUUUACUGCUAGUAACUACAAUCCAGGUCCGAAUAAUUUCAACGGUAGGCAGAAUAAUUUCAAUUCUGGACCAAACCAUUUCAACACCGUCCCGAACAGUUUCAAUCAGGGCCAGGUACCAAACAGCUUUGGUCUUCCGAACAACUUCAAUCCAAAUGUUCCACCAGGCCCACCACCAUCCAAUUUCAGUACAGCACCACCACCUCCGAACUUUAGUACGGCUCCCCCCAGUAGUUUCAACGCUGGCCCUCCAAGUAACUUCGGGUCGGGACCACCGACUUUCAAUGCGUUCAAUAAUUUUGGCAAUGGAAAUAAUUUUAAUAAUGGUGGAACUGACGACGGAUGGAACAGGGGUGGUAACCGUAAUAACCGAAACAACAUGCGACCGGGUCGCGGUAAUCAACGUGGAUUCCGUGGGGGUGGUAACCGAAGGAAUUAAGAGGAUGUGCUGAUGUUUUUUUUUCUGUACAGUAUGUCGUUCGGUUUCCAUCCGAAUAAUCAUUAGGCAAGUAGUAAAACGGUGUCUGAGUUGACAACAUUGCACGGUGGUGAAACUUACGAAGGACCGCCCAGAAAGUUUGAGGAUAUGUGAUCGCUAGUUCAUUUUAUCGUGUGUGAGGUACUGAAUGCGAAAACCAAUUUGAAUGCGUGAAUAUGCGAGAAUGUUUAGAACUACUAUCUACUACUAGGUUGUAAAAAUUAUAAUUAUAAAAAUAUAUUGGUACGAAAAUAUAAAAUACACAGUUGAAAUAUAAUAUUUUAUUCAUCAGAAUAUAAUUUUAAAACAAAUAUGUCAUAAGGCAUUCAGGAUGCAGGGUCAUUUGUUUGGCCAAUUUUUAUCCCUGCUACCCUUCGUUAUACGCGUCUAGAAAGUAGUAGUUAAAUUGUAAAUAUAUAAAAUAAUAUUUUGUUUAUGCAUCCUUUGUACCAUUUUUAAUUAAUAAAAGAAUUAGGUGCGUCAUUCGCAAAU